GAAGCGAAAUCAAGACUCGCUGUAAAAGUGCAAUUUUGCCACUUGUUGAAAAUGGUUUGUUACAUAUUCACAACUAGGGGCAGAGUUGUUCAGAUUUCAUUAUUGAAUGUUUUGCGAAAAUUAUAUGGCAAGACAGUCAAGAAAGUUGCCCUGAAUUCGACUAUUCUAAAAAAAGAGUGGGCGGUGUAUGGAAAUCGUGGAUUUGGAAAGGGGAGAACAGGCGGCCACUGUGAGUGAGCUCAGACGGGGUUCUCUCUUGGGAUGGGAAGCCAAUUAAAUUCAGUCCUGUUACCGCCUUUACCUUAGAAGAGAAAGAAAAACUAUUCGGAUUGCAAAGCUAAUAAGAAGAAAGGGGAAACAUAUAUCAUUGUUUAUUGUAGUGUAAAUGACACGGCACUGUCUUUUUUUCUGAAAAAGUGAAGUUAAAGUGGCGAUCAAGCUGGAAUUUGUACGAAGGGAUUUAUUGACUAUAGUCAGGGCUUUUGUAACUCCACCAUCUUGGGACGGGACGGUACUGCGUCACCAUGGCAGACCCAGACAGUGCAAACGGCCCAGCUGAGAAUGACAUUUCCUUCCCGCUGUCCUCACUUGCCAACCUGUUUGAGGGCGAGGAGGUCUCUCCAGCCCCAGAUCCCCCUCGGACAGGUGACAACCGGCAGAACCUACGUAUGAAGUUCCACGGCGCCUUCAAAAAGGGCGUCUCAAACCCUAUGGAUGAUUCAUCCUUGGGGCCUGGCCCCAAGAAGGCACCAAUGGACACACUGUACGAUUACGGCACUUACCACCAGCCCAACAAACAGAAACGGUACCGGAUGAAGCUCCCUCGGGGAAAGACAGAGACUGAGAGCAUUGAUAACACCAAGUCAGCUCCAGAUCCCCCCAAAGUUCUGAAGGUGUUCAACCGGGCCAUUCUGUUCGAUGCUGUGUCCCGAGCGGAUUGUGAGGCCCUUGAUGGUUUGCUGCAGUACUUGCAGAGCCAUGACAAAAGGCUCACAGACGAGGAAUUCAAAGGUGAGGUUUGGGACAGAUGCCAGACAGCACUGCACAUCGCCAUCGAGAGGCGCUGCAAGCAGUAUGUGGACCUACUAGUGGCGAAAGGGGCAGAUGUCCACGCCCAAGCCAGGGGGCGGUUCUUCCAGCCCAGGGACGAGGGUGGCUAUUUCUACUUUGGUGAGCUGCCGCUGUCCCUGGCCGCCUGCACCAACCAGCCAGAGAUGGUACACUAUCUUACGGAGAACCCGCACAAGAAGGCGGACCUGCGGCGGCAGGACUCACGGGGGAACACGGUGCUGCACGCGCUGGUUCACAUCGCCGACAACACGCGGGACAACACGCGCUUCCUCACCAAGAUGUAUGACCGGCUGUUGGUCAAGACUGUCAAGCUGCAUCCGGACUGCCAUAUGGAGAGGGUGCCCAACAACGACGGCAUGUCACCACUCAUGAUGGCUGCCAAGUUGGGCAAAAUCGGGGUGUUUCAGCACAUCAUCCGCAGAGAGAUCAAGGAUGAAGACGCCCGGCACCUUUCACGCAAGUUCAAGGACUGGGCCUAUGGCCCAGUGUACUCCUCCCUGUAUGACCUCUCCUCCCUGGACACGUGUGGCGAGGAUGUGUCCGUGCUGGAGAUCCUGGUCUACAACAGUCGCAUCGAGAACCGACACGAGAUGCUAGCAGUGGAGCCCAUUAAUGAGCUGCUGAGAGCAAAGUGGCAGAAGUUUGGCGCUGUCACCUUCUACAUCAGUGUGGUGUCCUACUUGGUGACCAUGAUCAUCUUCACCCUGAUAGCCUACUACCGCCCUUCUGGGGAAAAGCCUCCAUACCCCUACACCACCUCCACCGACUACUUGCGGCUGGCUGGAGAGAUUGUGACCUUGGGCUCAGGCGUGUUCUUCUUCUUGUCCAACGUUAAGGACCUCUUUCUGAAGAAAUGCCCAGGGGUUAACUCCUUAUUUAUUGAUGGCUCCUUUCAGCUGCUCUACUUCAUUUACUCUGUGCUGAUCCUGGUCUCGGCGGCCCUGUACCUGGCUGGUGUGGAGGCCUACAUCACUGUGAUGGUCUUUGCCCUGGCACUCGGAUGGAUGAAUACCCUCUACUUCACCAGGGGCUUUAAGCUUACCGGGACAUACAGCAUCAUGAUACAGAAGAUUCUGUUUAAGGAUCUCUUCAGAUUCCUGCUGGUCUAUGUACUCUUCAUGAUCGGAUAUGCGUCAGCUCUGGUGUCUCUCCUGACAUCGUGCCCGCCCUCUCAAUCCGAGUGCCUGGACGACAGCUGCUCCAAGGUGAAGUGCCGUGAUAACACCACGUUCAGCACCUUCCUGCUGGACCUCUUUAAGCUGACCAUUGGCAUGGGUGAUCUCGACAUAAUUCAAAAUGCGGACUACCCGGCCGUCUUCCUCAUCCUGCUGGUCACUUAUAUCAUCCUGACCUUCGUGCUGCUGCUUAACAUGCUGAUCGCUCUCAUGGGGGAGACUGUGAGCCAAGUGUCCAAGGAGAGCAAGAAGAUCUGGAAGGUGCAGUGGACCACCACCAUCUUGGAUAUCGAGCGCGCCUUCCCAGUGUGUCUGCGGAAGACCUUCCGGGUCGGGGAGAUGGUGACUGUGGGCAAGAACCACGACGGGACACCAGACCGAAGGUGGUGCUUCAGGGUCGAUGAGGUCAACUGGUCCAGCUGGAACCAGAACCUGGCAAUCAUCAAUGAGGACCCUGGAAAAAAUGAAACUUACCAGUCUGACAGGAUGCAGCAGACAGUCCGGGGUUUGAGGAGAGAUCGCUGGUCCACAGUGGUUCCGCGAGUCAUGGAACUGAACAAGGGCACACAGCAGAACGAUUUGGUGCUUGAGAUGGAACCCCUUCACCCAACUACCAAGAACAGACACAGUCAUGAGAGCCACAGCUGAGCUCUCAGAUAUGGGGGGUCGAUGCAGAGAGAUGGACCUGAAUCUCCUGAGGGUCACCGGAAACAACCUACCAGAUCACUGCCAAACAUCCAUCCAUCUGUCCAUUUACAAUAAUCGCUCACUCAGGAACAAUGAUGUCAGUGUACAUGUUCAUCAUCGAAACACUAAAUCUACCCUCCAGAAGUGAUUAGUGCUCCACCUUCAGCCUGGUGUCAGCACAGAAAUGCACAAGAAGGUGCUGCAGACAGGAUGCAUGGUCAAAGUCAGACCGUAACAAGCUGAUUGUCCACAGGAACCUCGUCUGUCACAAACAUAUCGAGAUGUCUGUUUUGUAAACUCAGGGAUUUUCAGAAAGGGACAUCUUAAGCCAAAAGACAACCCAUAAAAUCUUUCCAGGUUUUUAUAUGCAGUUUGCUAUUUGGUAUCUGACACAAAUGUUGAUAAUGAUCGUGUUGGUAGAGAGCUGGUUUUCAGCCAGGUUUGUGUAGUGUCUGAAACCGGGGCACACCUCUGAACCCACAAAGCAGAGAUGAUUCAUCUGAGACCUGAAGGUAGACAUCUGCUCGCCACACAACCCAGCAAUGGCAGUACAGACAGUUUAUAGCCUCUCAUUCUCAGUGUGACAUAAUCACGAGUUCAUAUGUAAUUGAUCUGUCAAGGAAUAUUCAACUGACUUAGCUCAGCCUCCGUGUCCCUGUUUUACUGUUAUUAAAUGCUUAAUCUUUUUACUUCAGUUUGUGGAAAUUUGAAGUUUAUACUGUAAAAAAAUAUUGGACUUGGACAGACUUGGCUCUAUUCAGGUUGAAAUUGAUUUAAAAGUAUAAUAAGGAAAUGAAUUUUUAACCUCCAGAGCUACCUAAAAUGGAUUCCUCUCAUGUCCUGUUUUGGGUCAUCUAAAAUACAUUGCCAGAUAAAGACUUGUCAAUUAUUAUGUAAACAAAUGCAUGUUUAGUGGCCUAUGAAAUGUAGAAAAAUAUAAACAUAUUGCUCUGCAAAGAAAUAUAUUCAAAUAACCCACAGUUGUAGGAAGCAGUGUUUUUCAAGAUAUUUUAAACGUACAUGUCAUUUUUAUUUCAUAAUCAGAUUAUGUCUGAAUUUGUUUUGCUACAAUAUUGCCUGCUGAUCUAGUGAUGGUAUUUACUAGACCAAGUAGCCAAGACUGUUUGCUGUACACUUUGUGUUUGACACAGCAUCCAUUUCAUCUCCUUGUACUAGACAAAAUAUGCAAAAGUCUUCUGGUCAUUUAUUCCGUUACUUGUUUAUGAUGGAGUGAUGGCUCUGAUGCUAGGGAUCUGUGCCAGCAACUGGAAGGUUGCUGGUUCGAAUCCCGUAAAUGCCCAGAGUGAUUCUACUCCAUUGGGCCCUUGAGGGCCUUUAACCUGCAAUUGCUUUGUCCCGGGUUUAAUG